AUGCAGCUUUCCCGUCUACUAGCCCUCCUUCUGGCGGUGGGAUCUGCGACCGCAAUCCCGGCACUCUCGGAGCUGAACCGUCGGCAGACCAGAGCCGUCGAGGAUGCCAUGUCAAGCAUUAUCGACUCGUUGAAAUCAUACGACACGAUAAUCCUGGCCUUGAGGAACACAGACUCGUCAGGACCGGUGCUAAGGGCCACCGAAGAUAUCGAGUCCACCAUCAGCUCAUCGAUAAGAUCCGUGGAGGAGGCCAGAAAGGCAAACGUCUUUACCAGCGUGGCACUUAUCCAAGUGAGCAACAACAUGGUGGACCAGGUGCAGACCACGAUUCGAGAUUUGCGGAACAAGAAGUCCGUCAUGGACCGGAUCGGCACGAGCAAAGUCACACUCGACACCCUGCAGAAGCUGAGGCCUGCUACCAGAGAGCUGGCUGAUGCGAUCGGGGACAAGGUGCCGGAUCUCGGGAGGGAUAUAGUCGACAAGGUCAAAUCCGACAUUCUCGACGCCUUGAACCAGGCCAUCAGCACAUACAGCCAGCCUGCUGCCGCGCCAGCUGCGCCUGUGCCACCACCAGCAGCGUCUCCAUCUCCAGCUCCUUCUCCAAACCCAGGGGCUCCUCCUCCUCCUCCUGCUGCUCCUCCCGCGGUGGUGACGGUGACGACAGUAGUACCACCUCCCACUGUGGUUACCGUCACGGCAGUUGCGCCUCAGCCACCGUCUGUGGUCACUGUGACUGCAACAGCCACACCAUCGCCAGAGUUUUUGGACGGAUGA